GUCCACCUCCCUCCUCCCCUUGCAGGCAGACGCCGGGAUUGCGCCGCCUGCAGGGACCUGCCCAGUCCUUCCUGCGUGUGCAGGGAGCGCAGUCCCGGCACAUAGGGGCCGCUGGUCGGGGGCCGCACCGGCAGAAUGGUGUGUGCUCCGGCGGCGGCCCUCGGUCGCGGGGCGCUCUGGGCAGCUGCAUGGGGAGUCCUGCUGCUCACCGGCGCCGCGGAAGCGGAGCACGGCCGGAAGAAGGUCGUGCACGUGCUGGAAGGGGAGUCGGGCUCGGUGGUGGUGCAGACAGCGCCGGGACAGGUGGUCAGCCACCGGGGUGGCACCAUCGUCUUGCCCUGCCGCUACCACUACGAGGCAGCCGCCCACGGCCACGACAGCGUCCGCCUCAAGUGGACCAAGGUGGUGGACCCGCUGGCCUUUGCCGAUGUCUUCGUGGCACUGGGUGCCCAGCACCGGGCCUUCGGCAGCUACCGCGGGCGGGCUGAGCUGCAGGGCGAUGGGCCCGGGGAUGCCUCCCUGGUUCUCCGAAACGUCACGCUGCAGGAUUAUGGGCGCUAUGAGUGCGAGGUCACCAACGAGCUGGAGGAUGACACUGGCAUGGUCAAGCUGGACCUGGAAGGCGUAGUCUUCCCUUACCACCCGCGUGGAGGCCGCUACAAGCUGACCUUCACGGAGGCGCAACGCGCGUGCGCUGAACAGGACGGCAUCUUGGCGUCGGCUGAGCAGCUGCACGCGGCCUGGCGCGACGGCCUGGACUGGUGCAACGCGGGUUGGCUGCGCGACGGCUCGGUGCAGUACCCGGUGAGCCAGCCCCGGGAGCCCUGCGGCGGCCUGGGCGGGGCCGGGAGCGCCGGGGCUGGCGGCGGAGCCUCGGGGGGUGUGCGCAACUACGGCUACCGCCAGAACGCCGAGGAACUCUACGACGCCUUCUGCUUCACAUCCAACCUCCCGGGCCGCGUGUUCUUCCUGAAGCCGCUGCGGCCCGUGCCCUUCGCGGGAGCAGCGCGCGCCUGCGCGGCGCGCGGAGCGGCCGUGGCCAAGGUGGGGCAGUUGUUCGCUGCGUGGAAGCUGCAGCUGCUGGACCGCUGCACCGCAGGCUGGCUGGCGGACGGGAGCGCACGCUACCCCAUCGUGAACCCGCGCGCGCGCUGCGGCGGCCGCCGGCCAGGUGUGCGCAGCCUCGGCUUUCCUGACGCCACGCGCCGCCUCUUCGGCGUCUAUUGCUACCGCGCGCCUGGUGCACCGGACCCCGCACCUGGUGGCUGGGGCUGGGGCUGGGCCGGAGGCGGCGGGUGGGCUGGAGGUGCGCGAGACCCCGCCGCCUGGACCCCGCUGCGCGUCUAGGCCCGGGCCGUGGACCACUGGGGCGCUUGGCGGCUGGCCGAGUGCCCUACGGCCACUUGGAGAUGGACCACACCCCUGGAGACUGGCCAUGCACCCUGCGGUGCCCUGCAAGUUGACCAGGCCUCCUGCGGUCCUUAAACCCUGGCCACACCCUCUGAGGUCCCCAGAGUCUGGCCAGUCCCGGAAGCCAAGUCCCCUGGAGUCCCCUGGAAAUCGACCAAGCCCCGCCUCUCCUGGACAGUGGAUUCCUCUCCUCUCCCAACUUUCUCCAGGAGACAGGGCACACCCUCUGAGAACCACUGGAGACCAACAGAACCCGAGGUCUCCUGAACACUGGAAACGUCUCGCGAGGUCUUCUGGAACUACCCCCAAGGUCGCCUGGAGGCUGGACCCCCGGGAUUAUCAGGAGACUGGGCACACGUCCUAUGCAUCUCCCUGGAGACUGAAGACUGGUCCCCUAAGGUCACCGGGACACUGAACCCUCCUCCCUAUCACCUGUAGAGAAACCAGAAACCUCAGAGUUCGUCAGUUGACCAUGCCACCAUGGUCACAUGAAGACUGUGGGCUCCUGUCCUCUCCUCUAGGGUGACCUGGAGAUUGGUUACUCCCAUUCUCCCCCCUUCUCCCACGAGUCCCCCAGUUUCCAUAGUAACAGGUCGUGUCCCCAGGUCACUGUGGAGAACAGCUCCACCCCUCCAGUUUCAGGGGACACCACCCUUGUCUGUCACUGUUAAGACAGAUUGACACGCCCCAGCUGGCUCGCAUUACUGGCAGCCGUGGCCCAUCCCUUAGGUAUCUCUCUGAGGGAGGAAAUUCGUCUUCACCGGACGGCCCCUUUCCUGGCUGUCGCCUAAGAGACCAUCUCCCAGGCCCAGAGACCCAUAAAAUCUAUGUCAUUCACUACAGAGAGAAGCUGCCCCACUUCCCAUUGUUACCAAGGCGACCAGCCCAGCUUCUACCUGUCACCUAGAGUCACACAGCCCUUCCUUCAUCAGUCACACCCAUGGAGUUAGUACCUCCCUCCUCCAGCUGUAACCAUGGACACCGCACGUUUACCAUCUCACCCACAUUCACCCAGAGACCUACAACUUCACUCCCACUGUCCUCACCCUGACCAACAGCCAUGGAGACCACCCCCUCCCCUAACUGUCCUGAGAGUGACCCAACAUUCGGUUCUCCAGCUCUCACCAUGGAAACAGGAUGCUCCUUUCCGCGGGGUGCCCCAGCUCCUUGCUACCCUCCAAGCUCCGCCCCCAAGCGGUUUGGACCCACCCCUCCGCCCCCGGCAGCUGUUGCCAUGGAGACCACACUCCGGUGUCUGAGGUAACAGAACACCUGUCCCCCUAGGCUUUCCCUUGUCGGUAGGGCCCGCCCCUCCAAACUGUCACCAUAGAGACUGUCAACGUCGUCCCCAGGACAACUGACUUCCCAGUUCUCAGGAACUUCUUACCAUGGGCCCGAACUGUGUGCCCCAUAGGGCUUAAUGGCUGCCCCUUCACCAGAUGGGCCCAGCUCCAGGCAGCAUCUCAGACCCAGGUGGACUUCUGGAGCUGCUGGAUAUCCUCCGUUUGCACGCUAACUAUAACCCAGACAACAGCUGUUCACGAGACACCCUUGCAGCACCCAGAUGAACAAACUGAGGCUCUGGCGUGCCCCUACCCUUUGUGCUAUGCAAGCAGUAGGCUCCCGCUUCCUCUCUGAGACCACAUCCCCAUUCUCACUGAGUUCCUCUCUCCUUUUCUAACCUCCCUCCCCCCACAUUUUCCUUCUUAGAGGUCCAGGAGAGGUUGAAUUGUCUUUAAACCUCAAAAUCCUCUCUGAGCUCCAUGUUCUAAAGGGUAAUUUGUGCUAAGAAGUCAGGACCCAAACUCCCCAGUGUUAACAGCUAGCUCAGGGAGACUGUCCAUGAACAAGGCCACCCCAGCUUUUGGAGACCCCAGUUUCGAGGUCUUGCCUGGAGUGGCACUGGGGUCCCUCCUGGAGCCCUCCAUAUUGUCACAUCCAUCUCCAGGAAACCCAUCUGUGGGUUUUGGAACCAGGUGUGCCUGGGUUCGAAUCCUGCCUCUAUGACCAAGUGACAAAACCCCUGAUCCUAUUUCCUCCUCUGUAUCAAGGCUGUUCUAAGAUCCCAGUGAGUACAAAGUGUACAGCAGGGGCUCAAUAAAUUUUUUUUUUUGAUGAAUGAGAAAAUGAGACAGCUCGUGGGUAGUUACUUCAAAAAUGCACUUUGGUGGACAAAAUGUUUUUCAGCUGGGGGUGCUUGGUGAUGAUUCAGUUGGGAAGCGUCUCCUCUCAUUCCUCAGGACCAUUCCCUAUCCCCAAUCUCUCUCCCGUCCCUUCCCCCCCCCAUCGUUGUUCCCUCACUCUGUCUCUCGAGCCACCUCCCAUGGGUCUGGCCCUUCUCAGCCGUGUCCUAAUUGGGUCACUAACCAAUCCAGCGAUUCCUCUCAGUCCCCUGGGAAUGAAGUGUGUGAAACUGGGUGUUGAGUUCCUGCAUCAGGAAGGCAGAGAAGUUGCAAAUUUUC